CGGCUGCCAUAACUGUUUACACCACCGAGAGUCCGUGAGCGCGUCGUCCAACGCCUCGGUCGUCCUCGCUCAUCCGCACCUCAUCUUCAUCCUCAUCCUCAUUUUAUCUCGCCGUCAUCCGUCACCCGUCAUCCUCACCCUCGCGUCGCGUCGUUGUCGCGUGGCCGCCGUUGAGCGAGUGGACAUCGGCAUGUCGCCACCGCGUCGACAUCGCUCGUGAUUACCUCCCCGGUCGGUGCGCGCCCAUUCGUCCCUUAGAGAAACAGAGAGGCGGCCAGAGAGAUGUUGCGGACGGCGAUGAUCGGUGUGUUUUUGUCCGGCGUGAUGGUAGUGAUCACCGCCGGUCUGCAUUCCUCCACCGCUCUCAACGGCGGCGGUGGUGGUGAACGCGGUGAUCCCCUCGCCCAUCACGGCCGCUGUGAGCCCAUCACCAUCAACCUCUGCAUGAACAUCCCGUACAACGAGACGAUCAUGCCGAACCUGAUGAAUCAUCAGAAGCAGGAGGAUGCCGGCCAGGAGGUGCACCAAUACAUGCCACUGGUCAAGAUGAAGUGCAGCCCAGACCUACGCUUCUUCCUAUGCACCGUCUACGCGCCGGUCUGCACCAUCAUCGAGAAGGCGAUACCGCCGUGCCGGUCGCUCUGCGAGAGCGCGCGCUCCGGCUGCGAAAGCCUGAUGAACAGUUUUGGCUUUGCCUGGCCGGAGGCCCUUGACUGCUCCAAGAUGCCAGAGAACGGUGGCGGGGAACUGUGCGUCGCCACCAACGAAACCAGCACAACCACCAGCACUACGGGCCAGGAUCAGCCUGCCGCGCCUAUCCAUCCUCCGGCUCAUAUGCCUGCUGAAUUUCAGCCGUCCUGGAAUGAUGGGCUCAAGCCCUAUGGUGGCAUCGGCAUCGGCGCUGGUGGCGGUUUUGCCAUGGGUGCCAGGGACUUUGGCUUUGUUUGUCCGGUUCAGUUUAAGGUACCUCAUGGUUUAGGGUACUCACUGAAAGUAGGCGACAAGGUAGAGCCUGACUGUGGAGCGCCCUGUGACGGGAUGUUCUUCACCGAGAGGCAAAGGAGGUUUGCUAGGGUUUGGGUUGGUACCUGGGCCUCCAUUUGCGCCGCCUCGUGCUUCUUCACGUUCCUGACAUUUCUCAUUGAUACAGAUAGAUUUAGGUAUCCUGAGAGGCCUAUCAUUUUCUUGUCUGUGUGUUACUUGAUGGUGGCACUGGCUUAUGUGAUCGGCUGGGCAGCAGGCAAUUCCAUAUCAUGUAGGGAGCCAUUCCCACCGCCUAUGAGUAUCCGAACACAGAUGGUUUCUACAAUCACUCAGGGUACUAAGCACGAGUUGUGCACUGUACUCUUUAUGAUUCUUUAUUUCUUUGGCAUGGCCUCGAGCAUCUGGUGGGUCAUCCUCACCCUUACAUGGUUCCUGGCAGCUGGAUUAAAAUGGGGGCAUGAAGCGAUCGAAACCAACUCGCAAUACUUUCAUUUGGCCGCCUGGGCCGCACCAGCCGUGAAAACAGUUACCAUUCUGGCAAUGGGAAAAGUGGAAGGUGAUAUACUAUCCGGCGUUUGCUACGUUGGUUUGUGGAAUGUGGAAGCUCUUCGGGGCUUCGUGCUGGCACCACUAUGCGUUUAUCUUUUAUUGGGCACUGUGUUCCUGCUGGCAGGCUUCGUCUCACUCUUCCGUAUCCGAACGGUGAUGAAGCAUGACGGCACAAAGACUGAUAAGCUCGAGAAACUCAUGAUUCGCAUCGGCAUCUUCUCCGUGCUCUACAUCGUACCUGCUCUGGUUGUGAUCGCUUGCCUCUUCUACGAGCAGGCAUACUUCGAUCAAUGGAUGCUAACAUGGAACAUGGAGAUGUGCUCGCGACCGGGUCCGCAGUCACUCUACUCGUUGCCGUGUCCAGUCGGCGAACGCACACGCGAUCUUGGUCGCAGACCUGAAUUCGAGAUCUUCAUGAUCAAGUACCUCAUGGCCAUGAUCGUAGGCAUUACCAGCAGCUUUUGGGUAUGGUCCAAAAAGACGCUUACCAGCUGGCAGCAGUUCUUCCAUCAUAUACGAGGUCAUCGCACUGAGGCAUACGUUUAAGACUAUAGUUGCAUUUGUAUACGAAGAUCCACGUGCUCUUAUCUUUUUUUUCAGAAAAUCGGAAUAUUUAAACGAAGGCUGGAAACUUCGAAAGGCAUUUAAACGAAAACAAAUCAAUGUUUUUUUAACUGUGCUGUUUUAUUCAGGUCUAUUUGACCUAAAACGUAUUUUGAUAGAUUCAAUUUUACCGUUAUGUUGUACAUUUUUUGAACCUUGUGGAUCUUUGUGACUUAACGUGCAGUUAAAAAGAAAAGAGAAUUUUCCAACAAUAGUUGAAAAUGCCUACAAUAUCAUGACUUUCAUAAUAAUGCUAAAAUGUAUAGGUUCGUUAAAAGUGACAGCCGCACAAUUGCUGAUAGAGAUUUCCCGGAAUUCUCAGUGUCAUGUCCCAGUUUUUCACAUAAUGUAAAAGAUAUCCAAAAAGCUUUAUUUUUUUAAAUUAAAAUUACGAAAUAAUUAGCUUUCGCCAAAAAUAUUUAUCUUAAUUGUAUGACAUCGGUACAGUUAAUUUUUUUUUUAAUUUAAUAUGAAUUUAUAUACAUUAUCAGGGUGUUUAUUAUUGAGAAACAAACGAAAAACCUAGAUUUUUUUAUAUCGGUUAUUUGAUAUUAUCAAUAAAUCAAUCAAUUUGUGUGGUAUAUACAGUUGUAUCAUUGUUUCAAAUUAACAUUGUGUUUAAUCAUUUUUCGAAUUUUGUACUUUUGACGAGCUUGAUCUAUGAAUGGAUAUGUCAAAUUUGGUUUAUUAUUUAGAAGUUUCUCAAUUGUAUAUUCGAAAUUAAAAUAGCUUUUCUUUAUAGUUAUAUGUGAUUAAAGAAUAUUAAAAGCACAAUGAAAUAAAUUUGUUUCAAAGUUAGAAAUUCUCUCAUGUUAUUUGGGAUUUUGAAUAAAAAUCAUGGAGAAUCCAAAAAUUCUUAGAAACUUUUUUUUACAAAAUUUAAUUAAACACCUUGAUUGUAUUCAUUAAUGAUUUCAUUAUUUCUUUCUUUCUAGUUUUUGAGAAUUUUUAGUUUAUAUCAAUUAAAUUAAUGAAUCAAAAUUGUAACAACUUGAUACAUUACAGUUAUACGCUUCACAUUGCGUUUAUAAUUUGUGAAUAAUUAAAGACAUACAUUAAUAUUCGUCGUUGUGCCAAAUAAGUUUAUCACUCACAUUUUUUACGAAUAAUCUAUGAAUUCUGUAAAGUAUCUGGACUAAAUGUUGAUGAGUUUGUAAGUAUUACUAGGAUACUUUAUCUUUUAGAAUAAUCUCAUUUCUCUUUACGAAUGACUCAAGUCCCUACAUUUAAGUUGAAAAUGCUCAAGUACUACAGCAGACAAAUCAAGUGUUCAAAGUUUUUAAAGCAGCUGAUCGGAUUUGAAAAAUCCGAUUAUAUCCGAUAUAAUCUAAGAAUUAAGACUUAAUAACAAAUUCAAUUGGAUAUUAGCGCGUGUUGAUGCACAUUAAAGAUUGCCGUAUAUAGGCAUAGUACGCAAAGGUGUACGCAUAGUAAAUGGUUGAACGCACUAGAUGCUCGAGCACAAAUCAUCGCGUUGCUUGAUAGGAUGCAGUUUGGACAUUUCAUUAAUCAAAGCGCUUGCAUCAUGCUUUUACAUAUAUUAUAACAUAUAUCAUUAUAUGAUAAACUAUAAUGUACGUUAGUACACGCGCUGAUAUCCAGUCGAAUUCAUUGUAAGAAAAGUCUGAACAAGUCUUAAGAAUUAUACUUUAUACUGCCACUGAAUCUUCCCAUCCUAACAUCAUUGAUGGAGAAUCGAAAUCUAUUACGCUUAAUUUUUACAAUAUACUAAGGGACAUAUAAAAAUACUCAAGCGGAGACUGCUCUUGUCAUGCAUAAACAUUAUUUUUUUUCUUUUGUAUCUAUAUUCGUUAAGGAUCCUUUUUUCGCGCGACGAAUGUAUCAUGACUGUAAGUCGAACGCAUCGAGCACGCGUAUCGACGGAAUCUCAACGAGAUUAACUUGUAAGAUUUACUUAUACGAAGUGUGGUUUAGGUUCACACUGAUUGUAUAUAAUUAUAUAUUCUUUAAUUCUAUUCUCUAUGUGUAUUAUAAUAUAUUUUUAAAGACUUCUGUACAUACAUACAUUGACGUGUUAUGCAUGGUCAAAUUUAUGCGAACAAACUGCCGAAUUCGUCCAACUGAAAUUGCCGAGCUUUUGUGUAUGAAAAUUCUGUGUUGCGAAUGCGAUACGCGUGACUAUUAUGUAUUGUGGCACACGCAAAACGAUUUUGUCGUAUGCAAGAUAUAUUAUAAAAUUAUGUAAAUUUUAUGAUCGCUAUAUUC